AUGCAAGACACGAGCGAAGGCGAGGGCUUCCUCCAAACCCAGAAACAGGGGGAGCCCACGAGAAGACAAUCGUUAUUCAAAUACACCAAAGACCUGAUACUACCCCGACGACAACAAAAACAAGCAGAUGAUGCACCCGAAAAGCCAAGCGAUCACGAUGAAGACUUUGAAGAAAUCGCCCUCCACGACCACAAGCCCCGACCAUGGAAGAACCUCCAGCUCCGCACAUUCAUCACCUCCCUCACGGGGCUGGUCCUCACCAUCCUCUCCUUCGUCUUCGGCGUCGGCUGCGGGCUAGGCAUCGGCGUCCCCUACUACGGCGGCUCCUCCCUCUCACAAGCCUUCGGCCACAGCCGCCACCCGCCCAGCGGCAUCCCGGACGGCCUCCCCAUCAUCCCGGCGGGCCAGCUGAGCAACCGGACAGAGCUCGACCUCGCCACGGGGUUCGAAGCCUCCCCGCGGGGCCGCCCGCGGGUGCGCGAGUUCGACCUCGCCAUCACGAUGGCCCUCGCGGCCCCCGACGGCGUCUGGAAGCCCAUGGUCCUCGCCAACGGGCAGAGCCCGGGCCCGCUGAUCGAGGCGUGCACGGGGGACACGGUGCGCGUGCGCGUGGCGAACCAGCUCCCCAACAACGCCAGCACGAGCGUGCACUUCCACGGCGUCGACCAGCGCGGGAGCCCGUGGGCCGACGGCGUCGCGGGCGUCACGCAGUGCGGGAUCCCGCCCGGCGGCGCCUUCACGUACGAGUUUGUGCUGGACGGCCAGCGGGGCACGUUCUGGUACCACGCGCACGCCGCGGUGCAGUACACGGACGGGCUAUACGGGCCUAUUGUCGUGCGUGGGUGCGGCGGCGGGGAGGAGGUGGAGAUGGUGCCCGCCGCCGAUGCGGAGAGGAUCCUCUUCCUCGGCGAGAACUACCAUGCCUACGCGGGCGAGCUGGUCGGGCACUACCUCGCGGCGUCGUCGCCGUGGGAGCCGGCCGAGGCGGGCGUCGAGCCGCUUAGUGAUAACCUGCUGCUCAACGGGCAGAACGCAUUCGACUGCUCCGUCGUGUCGACGACGUUCAACUCGACGCAUCGGCAGACGAACACGCCCGAGUGUACCGGUGGGGAGGUGUACGCGACGAGUAUAAAGCCCGGGACGACCAUGCGGCUCCGGCUGAUCAACCAUUCGUCGUACCUCUCGUACUGGUUCAGCAUCGACGGCCACCCCCUCACCAUCGUGGAGAUCGACGGGGUCGAGGUCGAGCCUAUUGUCAGCCGGGGGGUGCACGUCAACAUCGGGCAGAGAUACAGCGUGAUGAUCAAGGCGACGGAGAAGGUUGGGGAUUACACCAUCAGGUCGGCGCUGGAGAAGGAUUGUUUCCUGCCUUAUAGCACGUAUACCAGCAGUGGGCUAGAGUCAGUCGGAUAUGAGGCCAGGGGGAUCCUGAGGUAUGAGCGCGACGGAGAGUCGGAAGGAGGAACAAUAACAGAGGGACAAGACACAGCCCAGGGGAGGCGGGAAGAAACCACGACAAACCCAUGGGGCUGCGGCGACAUGCCCUUCGACAUGCCCAAGCCCAUGCGGCAAGAGGCAGCAUACGAGCUGGGUGAUGGUGGUGGCGGCGGCGACCCAACCCACAUCCUCGACUUCCAGUUCCGCCAGGUCGGCGAGAUCAACCGCAUCUUCCUGAACAAGACCUCCUGGAGCCCCUACCAAGACGACGCGACCCUCUGGCAAGCCGCAGACACCACCAGAGCCAGGGUCUUCGCGUCAGCCGGCGCCGGCACCAGCACCAGCACCAGCGCCGGCGGGACCGGAGGCGUCUACCACAACUGGGGCCUCCGCCUCGACCAGCAGGUCCUCCUGGUCCCGGACGGCAGCGGCGCGGCCCAGGUGGCCAUCAACAGCCUGGACGCGAUGGAGCACCCGUUCCACAUGCACGGGCACAGCGUGCAGGUCGUGGGGUGGGGGCCGGGGCGGUUCGACCCGUCCUCUUCCUCUUCGCCGGGCGCGGGGCCGGGGACGACAACGUGGAACCUGCAGAACCCGCUGCGCCGCGACACCUUCACCGUGCCCGCCGAGUCGCACGUCGUCGUCCGGUUCCGGGCGGACAACCCCGGCAUAUGGGUGCUUCACUGCCACGUCGCUUGGCACCUCGAGGCAGGGAUGCUGGUCUCGUUCCUCGAGAGGCCGGGGGACCUGAAGGGGUUGCUGGACGGGAUGGAUCCGGGGACGAGGGAGCGUUCUCAGAGCUUUUGUCCAAAGAGGGCCGGUCGGGGCGUGUAG